CGUGCUCCUGAGCUUAAAAACGCUUUGCUGGAGGUCCGGGGAGAACUGGCUGACCACUGGUCAUGGAACAGCGCGCGGGGGGCGCCUCGAACCCUAGAGGGAACAAAGGAGGCCGCGGCCGUCCGCUGCCCGCGGGUCCCAGCGCCCGGCAGCUGCUGGCUCGUCUGGACGCGCGUCCCCUGGCGGCGCGAGCUGCGGCCGACGUGUCGGCAAUGGUGCGCAGGGCGGGAGCCACACUGCGCCUGCGCGCCAAGGAGGCUGUUGGUGAAUCGGAUUCCGCUGACAUAGAAGUCACCGACAGACGUCUGCCUCAUGUCACAGUUGCAGAACACCGGCCUCAGGUAGCCUCAGCCCUCCGUGGGAAGCAGUUUGACUCAGGCCUGGCCCAUCAAUGCAUAUCUGUAUCCUUAUUCCAGCAUCGGCGAUCAGAGACUAUCAGUCCGCGAACUGUGCCACUCCCAGUGACUCAGGGCAAAGGCCACUGUGCUUGGAAGCCAGCGCAGGCCUCUGAUCAGUUCUCUGUGGAGUUGCUCCGUGGUUCUGCAGGCUUUGGCCUCACGCUAAGUGGGGGCCGAGAUGUAGGGGGAGACGCUGCACUUGUGGUGAGCGCGCUGCUCAAGGAUGGGCCAGCUCAGCGCUGUGGUCUUCUGCAGCCUGGUGACCUUGUGCUGCAGGUCAACGGAGAGUCAACACAGGGCCUCAGCCAUGGCCAGGUGGUGGAGCGCAUCCGAGCUGGAGGCCCCCGGCUCUCCCUGGUGCUCUGCCGGCCUCUUGAGAUGCAGCCUCAAAAGGCUGAGGGCACAGCAAAGCCCCACAAAGGCGGUGGUCCCAGCCUGGUUCCUGGGGUCCCCAAGGUGAUGAGAUCUCACGGCAGCACCAGUGUAUCCCCAGUUCAGCAACCUCGAUUCUCCACCACGUCCAAGACCCAGAGGAGCCCAGAGCCUAGUCCGCAAGCUACAGCGGACUGUCCUGCAAUGCCUCCUCCUCGCGAACGCCGCUGCUCAGACGACCCAGAUGAUCAUGUUCCGGGUUCCCCAGGGCCCUGGCUGGUGCCGAGUGAGGAGCGCCUCUCACAAGCCCUAGGGGCCCCUGGACCAGGGCAACUGGCUCAGGAGGUGGCAGCUGGGAGGAGGAGGCACUGAAUAGGCGCCAGCUGGGUGGCAGAUGUGGGAGUACUCAGCCUGGAUCUGGCGCUCCCCAAUGGCUGCGCCCAGGAGAAAGAGCUUUCUGCUCUCAUCUCCUUUCCUGCUGUAGUCCGUCUUCCCCUGGAAGAGCCAGUCAUACAGCCCUCCCCAGCCCCCACACUUCUACUCCCAGGAGGGGGAGGUAAUAAAAUGGUUCCAUCUAGUCUUGACUUGCCAGGUGCGCCAGGUGGGGUGGGGCAGUCCAGUCCACCCUGUAAAGGAGGGGGGUGGUCAAUUCGGUUUCAAGGCAGACCUGUUUGGGGAAGCAGCGGCAAGUUUUGGUCCUGUGGCCCUUUCAUGCCUUCCAUCCGUCGUCAGCCUGUUGUGCCUUCCCCCACUCCUUUUCGCUUUGCCAACUCCUGCUCCUCCUCUCCCAUUCAUUCAUUUUCCUGAAGGUGGGCAGGGGUUCACACAUAAUGACGUGUGUUGUGCCAAGGGGGAAGCUGAAGUGGGCCUGUUGUGGUGACAGGAGUGGCCCCUAGGGUAUCCUCAGUCUGGCCUCCAGGGUCAUCCUGCCCCCUUCAGCUGCUGUGGGGCUAGCACUGGAGGAGGCAAGCAGCAGUGUGACUUCUUUCGCCAGCAGCCCGUGGUCUCCCACUUCCGGUCCUUGUGGUCAGCUUGGGCUGGCACCCUUAGAGCACCGGCUGGGGCCCA